AUGGCCGAAAGCACAAUGGAGGCCAGGGGAGAGCGCUUUCUUAAGCAAAGGCAAGUCCUAUUUCUCUUUGUUUUUCUGGGUGGGUCUCUGGCUGGGUCUGAGUCUAGACGCUACUCUGUAGUUGAGGAAACAGAGAGGGGCUUUUUAAUAGCCAAUAUAGCAAAUGAUCUAGGGCUAGGGGAAGGGGAACUGGCUAUGAGGGGAGCCCAAGUUGUGUCUAAAGGAAACAAACAGCAUUUUCAGCUUAAUCAACAGACUGGCGAUUUGCUUCUGCAUGAGAAAUUGGACCGGGAAGAGCUAUGCGGCCCCACAGAGCCAUGUAUACUGCAUUUUCAGAUAUUACUGCAGAACCCUUUGCAGUUUAUUACAAAUGAGCUUGAGGUCAUAGAUGUAAAUGACCAUUCUCCGGUAUUCUUUGAAAAUGAAAUGCAGCUGAAACUCUUGGAAAACACGCCACCAGGAACCAUGAUUCCUUUGGGAAAUGCUGAGGACUUGGAUGUGGGAAGAAACAGCCUCCAAAACUACACGAUCACUCCUAAUUCCCAUUUCCAUGUUCUCACACGCAGUCGUAGGGAUGGAAGAAGGUACCCACAACUAGUGCUAGACAAAGCUCUGGACCGUGAGGAGCAGCCAGAGCUCAUUUUGACUCUUACCGCGCUGGAUGGCGGCUCCCCACACCGGUCUGGGAUCGCCCAGAUCCACAUCCUGGUCUUAGACAUAAACGACAACGCCCCAGAAUUUACACAGCCACUCUAUGAGGUUCAAAUUCUAGAGAACAGCCCCGUUAACUCUGUUGUUGUCACUGUCUCAGCUUCUGAUUUAGAUACAGGUAAUUUUGGAACAGUAUCAUAUGAAUUUUUUCAUGCUUCUGAAGAAAUUCGCAAAACUUUUCAGCUAAACCCAAUUACUGGUGAUAUCCAGACAGUCAAAUAUUUAAAUUUUGAGGAGAUGAAUACUUAUGAAGUGGACAUAGAAGCCAAAGAUGGCGGAGGCCUUUCAGGAAAAACAACAGUGAUAGUUCAGGUGGUUGAUGUGAACGACAACCCACCAGAACUGACCUUGUCCUCAAUUACCAGCUCUAUCCCUGAGAACUCUCCAGAGACUGUGGUGGCUGUUUUCAGUGUUUCUGAUCUAGACUCUGGAGACAAUGGGAGAAUUAAGUGUUCUAUCGAGGACAAUCUCCCCUUCAUCCUUAAACCGUCUGUUGAAAAUUUUUACACUCUAAUGACAAACACACCUCUAGACCGAGAGAGCAAAUCCGAGUACAACAUCACCAUCACCGUCACGGACUUGGGGACCCCCAGGCUGAAAACGCAGCACAACAUCACCGUGACGGUGUCCGACGUCAACGACAACGCCCCCGCCUUCAGCCAAACCACCUACACCCUGCGGGUCCGCGAGAACAACAGCCCCGCCCUGCACCUAGGCAGCGUCAGCGCCACAGACGCAGACUCGGGCGCCAACGCCCACGUCACCUACUCGCUGCUGCCGCCCCAGGACCCGCAGCUGCCCCUGGCCUCCCUGGUGUCCAUCAACGCGGACAACGGGCAGCUGUUCGCGCUCAGGUCCCUGGAUUACGAGGCGCUGCAGGCGUUCGAGUUCGGCGUGCGCGCGGCCGACCGCGGCUCGCCCGCGCUCAGCAGCCAGGCGCGCGUGCGCGUGCUGGUGCUGGACGACAACGACAACUCGCCCUUCGUGCUGUACCCGCCGCAGAACGGCUCUGCGCCCUGCACCGAGCUGGUGCCCAGGGCGGCCGAGGCGGGCUACCUGGUGACCAAGGUGGUGGCGGUGGACGGCGACUCGGGCCAGAACGCCUGGCUGUCGUACCAGCUGCUCAGGGCCACGGAGCCCGGGCUGUUCGGCGUGUGGGCGCACAACGGCGAGGUGCGCACGGCCAGGCUGCUGAGCGAGCGCGACGCCGUCAAGCACAGGCUGGUGGUGCUGGUCAAGGACAAUGGCGAGCCGCCGCGCUCGGCCAGCGUCACGCUGCACGUGCUGCUGGUGGACGGCUUCUCGCAGCCCUACCUGCCGCUCCCGGAGGUGGCGGCGGCCGAGGCGCAGGCCGACCCGCUCACCGUCUACUUGGUCAUCGCCUUGGCGUCCGUGUCGUCGCUCUUCCUGUUCUCGGUGCUGGUGUUCGUGGCGGUGCGGCUGUGCAGGCGGAGCCGGGCGGCGUCUGCGGGUCGCUGCCCGGUGCCCGAGGGCCACUUUCCGGGCCACCUGGUGGACGUCAGCGGCACGGGGACGCUGUCCCAGAGCUACCAGUAUGAAGUGUGUCUGCGGGGCGGCUCGGGGACCAGUGAGUUCAAGUUCCUCAAGCCUAUUAUUCCCAAUGGUCUGGUUCAAGACCCUGAGUGAGAUUAAAGCGAAGCUCCAACUUUA